UGACAUCACGCGUAGCCCGGCAGCAGCAGCAGCAGUUUUUCCCUGCGCGCCGAGUCUUCGUGGUCCUCUCAGCCACAGGUCUCUCUCCUCUCUCUUCGCUCUCUCUCCCACACACGAAUACGUCGUCGGCGACAUAAUAACAACAACAACAACAGUACUGCUACUAGUAAUACGGGUUUAAAAUAAAACGUAAAUCGAUAUGGCACUCAAAGACUCUGAGCCACCGCAGAGGUAGAGCGGACACGAUGCUGUCGCCCUCGACGGUGUCACCGCAGCGACAGCAGCCGCCACCGCCGCCGAGGUUAAGAGAUAAAAUUUUGAAAUCAUAAAGUGACGGAGCCAUCCCAACGUCCGUCGCCCGGAGCAGCAGCAGCAGCAGCAAGUAAGCAGCUUCCCAAGACUCCCGCCCGUGUUGUCGGCUAUCGGAGAAGGCAAGAGACGCGGCAAGAGACGCGGCAAGAGAGAGAGAGGAGAGCGAUAGUCGUCACAGGCACGGCGCUGGGUCCUUUUGUUUUUUAACUCGAGAGGCGGGCGAUCAACAGGCAGAUCACACGCACGCACCGCACGCACGCGCAGCACAUGGAGAGAGACACGCGCACACAGACGUAAGGCUCGCGCUGACACACGCACACACAGACACACGCUGACACGCGCGCGCAGGAAGCGACGCGCGGACGCGCCGAGACAGAAAAUCGAGACAAAGAUCCCUCGGCUAGCCUGACAGACUGUUGCUGGGCAAGUGCUGCUAGCGGGCGCAGACACACACUGACACAAUACAUUGACGCGCAAAGUACACGCGAAAGGCGUACAGACCCGCACACGUAUACAUACUGGCACACGGACACGCAAAUACACACGCGAUACACGCACGCAGACGCAGACACAUCGCACACAGACCACGAACAGAAAUACAGACACACGCAUGUGGACCCGCACAAGCACAGCCACGGACACACACAAAGUCAACAACAACAACAACGUACGCGCCUCACCUCGUGCUGUGCAGUGUGUGUGUGUAUAUGCUCACACGCGCACACACUUACGACCAAUCUGACUCCCCCCGUUUACCUGUGUCCGUCUCUUGGCGGUAGGCAGAGUUGAACUUCCACAUACGAGAUAGCAACGACCACCACCAACAACAACAACAAAAACACACCGAGAGACGGGCGAGAGACACAACGAGCGAGUUGUUGGGGAAGGUUGAAGCUUGAGCGAGGUCGAGAAUAGGGCGAAGAGGUGGGGGGGGGGGGGAGUGUGGAAUAGGAAAGAGAGGCGGGGACAUAGAGGUAUUAAUAGGGGCUUGGAGUGAGGACACGUGGACUGAAAUCAAAAAGACAGCGCAGAGAGAGAGAGAGAGGUAAGGCGCAUUAGGAACGAGCAAGAAAGAGAAACAGAAGACCAGGAAAUUCUAGAAUAGCAGUGAGCAGAGAAAGCGGCAGGAAUAACGUUGGCUGGGGAGAUUGAAGGUGAAAUAUUUUUUUCCGUAUAUGGGAGCUGAAGAUGGAAUGAAGAGAGAGAGGGGGGAGCACACGAUAUACGGAGGAAAUAUACAAUGACUUAGGAGAGGGGGGGGGGGGUGAGAGAUUAGAGCAGAGGUUAGCAGCGAGAGGAAGACGGGCACCCGUUGGUCUGGCUUCAUCCUUGUGGGCAACGUGAUCGGGAUAGUUUAUAGAUAAUAAGAGAGCUGGCGAGAUUUUGGUAGCGACUCGUAGAGACACAGGGUCACGUCUCGAAUGCGUUGCCUCUCGGCUUGGCAAGGCGAAAGGGGGGUAGAGUUAGGCGGGACAGAGGUGGGGAAGUGGGUCGUGGUUUGGGUGUAGGGGCGACGUUUGCCUUGUGAAACGGGAUAGUUGUUGGUGGUGUUGUGAAGUCGCUGCCAAACUUAAGCCUCAGCCACCACCAAAUGCGUUCCCACCACCACCACCACCACCAAAAUCACAACCACCAUCUCCAUUCGCAGCAAUAGCUCACCACCAACCAACCACCAUCAUCACCACUCCCGGCACUAAGCAUAACACCACCAACACCACCUUCGGCAGCAGCAGCAGCAGCACCAACCAACCAACCACCACCAUAAUCACCACAACCACAGCCCGGCGAGCGCUGACAUGUCUAAAGCGCCACGCCAUGAUGAGGAAACACGAGCCGCCGCCGAGCGAGGAGCGCGUGGUGAUUAACGUGGGCGGCACGCGUCACGAGACCUACCGGGGCACCCUGCGCACCCUGCCGGGCACGCGGCUCGCCCGCCUCGCCGACUCGCGCGCCCCGGGCGGCCCCAACUACGACCCGCUCACGGGCGAGUUCUUCUUCGACCGCCACCCCAUCGUGUUCGCCAUCAUCCUCAACUACUACCGCACGGGCAAGCUGCACUGCCCUGCCGAGGUGUGUGGCCCUCUGUUCGAGGAGGAGCUCGCCUACUGGGGCAUCGACGAGACGGACAUCGAGGCGUGCUGCUGGAUGAGCUACCGUCAUCACCGCGACGCCGAGGAGGCACUCGUCCAGUUCGAGAGCCCUUACUUGAACGGCGCCGACGGGCAGCAGCAGCAGCAGCACCACAACCACAGCAACUGCGCCUCGCACGGGGAAGGAGUCGACGAUGGGCUUGAAGACACGACGGGCACGUCGCCUUGCUCGGGCAGAGGGGGCAAGGCACGCUGCUGGGGAGUUUGGCAGCGCAGGGUGUGGGCGCUGUUCGAGGACCCCUACUCGUCACGAGCUGCCAGGUUCAUCGCCUUCGCGUCACUCUUUUUCAUCAUGGUCUCCAUCACCACGUUCUGCCUGGAGACCCACGAGUCCUUCAACAUCGUGGUUCACCGGCCGCACGGAGAUGCCACCACCACUCACCACCCGCUCUCCUCCUCCUCCUCAUCCUCCUCCAACGUCUCCCUGAUGGGCGUGAUCCAAGCUCCUCAAGGUUUCCCUCUCACGACCACAGCUGUCGCCACCACCACCACCGCCACCGUUACCACCAGCAGCAGCAGCAUGGACAUUUACAUCGACCGGCACCCGACGCUGACGUACAUCGAGGGCGUGUGCGUCGUGUGGUUCACCUUCGAGUUCCUGGUGCGCAUCGCGUCAUGCCCGGACAAGGCCGACUUCGUCAAGAACACGCUCAACAUCAUCGACUUCGUGGCCAUCUGGCCCUUCUACCUGGAGGUGGCCCUCAGCCACGUUUCGUCCAAGGCGGCGCGCGACGCCCUCGGCUUCCUGCGCGUCGUUCGCUUCGUGCGCAUCCUGCGCAUCUUCAAGCUGACGCGUCACGUCGUCGGGCUGCGUGUCCUGGGCCAGACCCUGCGCGCGAGCGCCAACGAGUUCCUGCUGCUCGUCAUCUUCCUGGCGCUGGGCGUGCUCAUCUUCGCCACCAUGAUCUACUACGCCGAGCGCCUCGGAGGCGGCGACGUUGACGGGGGCGGCGGCUCCGUUCCAGUUGCGUCCCACGGCGGCGGCGGCGCGCCUGCCGAAGACAAAAGCACUCACUUCAAGAGCAUCCCCAUCGGGUUCUGGUGGGCCGUGGUGACCAUGACGACGCUCGGGUACGGGGACAUGUACCCCAAGACGUGGCCCGGAAUGCUCGUUGGGGCGCUGUGUGCACUCGCCGGCGUCCUCACCAUCGCCAUGCCGGUGCCCGUGAUCGUGAACAACUUCGGCAUGUACUACUCGCUCGCCAUGGCCAAGCAGAAGCUGCCCAAGAAAAAGAACAAGCACGUGGCGAUGAGGCCUCACGUCGCGGCAGCCGCUGCGCUGCCUCCUGCCGUGCCACCGCCUCCUCCUCCUCCUGCCGCGGCUGCCAUUUGUCAUCGCCGCCACCAUCCCUCGGUGGUCCACUCGACGAGCUUGGCGCACGUCUACUGCAGCGUGGAGUCCAACUCGUCCACGCUCGUCAACCCGGCGUGCCGGAAGGCGACGGCGGAAUUCUCUCCCAGAGCGGAUGGAGUCAAAUUCUCCGAUGCAGCGACGACGGUUCGCGCACCAGCCGCGCCCGGCGGCGAUGAGACCACGGGGCAGGCUGACGAGAGGUGUUCCGUGGAGACGCCGCCGUCGCCGGCAACGUCCCCGACACGACCGGGGAGAGCGAGACCCUCCCGCCGCCUCUUGCUACCCGUCGGGGACUUUGUGGGGGGCGUGGGGCCGGCGGAUGGAAUCUCGCACGGCGCUCAGCGGUCAGUGGAGGAGACGGGAGGUCCUGGAGGCCACAGCUUGCGAGGUGCGACCAGGAGGACCGGGGCCGAGCUGAGCGAGGGGGUGAGGUGGGGGGUCAUUGACAAAGCACGGGGGGCAGCGAAAGGAAGGCCCCUCUGAUUGGUCAGCACCCGCAUGUACUGAUCCACGGUAACCUUUAACCUCUAUGUUUAGAGCGCGUCGUGACAAUGUGGAAUUUCCACUGCCGGAUCAGGGAGAUAUGAGCGGGAUAUGGGUCUGGCCUCAGUGCUCAUUUGGGCAGGAAAUCACUUUGAAUUAUUUUUGAACAUAAAUAUCCUAAAUUGCAUUACACUCUCGUCCCCUCUCCAUCCCAGUACCCCCGCCCCCCCCCCCCCCCCCCCACAGACUUCCACUAUCAUAAAUUUCCUCCCCGACUGCCACCACCGGUGACUGGGGGUCAUUAAACAAAGCGUUCCCUGAGAUUGAUGAGAUUGUUAAUAGACAGCAUAAACAAGUUAGAGCAAGUCUGUCCGCGACACAUUCAACGCGCAACUUAAAUUUUUUUACGAACCCCCCCCCCCCCCCCCCCCACCAUCAAAGG